CCAAAUUUAAAUAUUGGUGGGACACACUCCCACCCCCCCCUUCUUUCUAUAUGUUCUACUGUGUGUAAUUAGUAGCAAACAUAUUAUUUAGUAUACAUUUUAUCUUGUCAAUCAAUCUAUGACUCAACUAUUUACGCAGUUGAGCGUGCAGUAAAAUAUUCAUUAUUAAAGGUAGGUCUUUUGAGGUCAAAACUAUUUCAUAUGCUUUAUUAGGCUAUGCAUGUUAUUUGCGUACAGAUAAAAUUGAAUUUCACAAGUUUCAUAUGUAACCUGCUAUAUAUAGAUGAAUUGGACUUUGCUGUAGAAUUAGAUUUAAAUUUAGUAUAAUAGCUCUCUACAGCGCAGGACAUAUUAUACUGUGGUGUUUCCGAAUAAACUGAACAGAAGACAUAGAGGAAUUAAGGACAAAUAUAGAGGUGAGUAAAAGAGAUUCAGUUGCAAUAGGCUCCUUUAAGAGUGUAAAUAAAAGUAAUUUCUUGUUCCUGCUUCCAUGAACAUCAUUGCCUUUCCCCCCUACAGUCUGAAGAGCGGAACAGAAUGGGAUGUGGGAUCACUAAAUCUAAUGCACAAGAGCUGAAAAAAUGCCAGAGAGGUUUUCUUCAUAUUCUCUCAUCAGUGCCUUGUGUUUAAUUUUUACUUUGUAGCUAUAAAAACAGAUGGUAACACUUUACUUGAAGGGGCUCAAAUAAUGUAGCAUUACGCUAUUGCUUAUGUAUCAAUUAACCACAAACUAUGUUUUAGUUACAUAACGAUCUCAUGUUAAUUCAUCAGCAAUGAAUCGAGAUGCAUGCUUUAUCUCAAGCAGUUACUAUAUUUGUUACCAUAUCUGUUAAUUCUGUAAACCCUCGUUCACUACUGAAGGAACAAGUAAAGAAAAACACAACUGAUCUCAUGUUAGUUUGUUCAUGAUUUGAACUUCAUUAGUACCUGAGCUAAUGCUAUUUGUGCCCGUCAGGUAAAGUGCUACCAAACAGAUUUUAAUAGUUUGAUAAUAUACUUAAAAUAAAUUUUAAGAUCUAGUUUUUAAAAGUAGAAGUAUAUACUGAAAUAAAAAAACAAAUCCAUCCUUCAAUACCCAUAUAGUCUAACUUCUGCAAUAAUGUUUGUUUUUUGCGAACUGUAGGAAGCCUCGGUGUCCCAGGUAAAAUUUCAUGCUACACAGUGCUGAUCAAAGCCUCUUGGUGCCCUUGGUCCUAAGUGGGACCCUAGGUGGCCGCCUAUAUCGCCUGAUGCUGCACUAGAUAGCUUUUCAUUUGUUAAUGUUGUUUAUCAAAUUGAUGUGUUUUGACGUUAUCAUAUUAUUGUUAUCUAUAAGUUUUUAUUUUGACAAUUCAGAUAAUUAGAGGCAAAAAUUGAAAUCUUUUCUUUUUCCUUGUUCUGCAUCUUCUUUUCUAGCCGCUACAGGUACGUUUAUUCAUGAUGAGAUUUAAAUUUCUUUUAUAGGCACUUAGGUGUGCAUAUAUGAGUAAAUGGCGUGUGAGUGUGCCUUGUGAUGGCUUCGUGCCCCAUCCUGGGUUGUUCCUUGUCUCGUGUCCAUAGGCUCUGGACAAGCAGGUAUAGAGAAUGGAUGAGGAUGGAAAUACCUUUAUAGGUUAUAGUUUGUGUUAUUGGGAAGCUUUUCUCUAUUCAGUUAUAUGUAUUUUUUCUUUGGUCUUUAUCUUGAUGAACCUAUUGCUGGGGAGCGUCAAAACUAGCUGCUUAUGCUACAAUGAUCAUAGAUUUUUCUUUCCGUCAGCAAUAGGAGCCGCUCUGCUCAUCCAGCGAUGGUACCGCCAAUACGUGGCCCGUAUGGAGAUGAGACGGAGAUGCACAUGGAACAUUUUCCAGUCUAUAGAAUAUGCAGGGGAGCUAGAUCAGAUAAAGCUACACAACUUCUUUGGCUACCUCAUGGAUCACUUUACACCAGCUAGCAGUGAAAGAAACUUGAUCUCCCACAUCUUCAGGGAAAAUGAAAUAUGUCAUGACACAGAAUUGGAGAUGUACUUUUGCUAUAAGAACAUGGAAGUAUCUAAGCUGUACUCUGGACCCCACCUCAGCUUCCCGCUCACUGUCACUGGCGCAGCUGAGUUAGUUGAAGCCUUCAGGAACAAACAGCAUCUCCAUACACGAUACGUCCUUCAGCUUCUUCUGGAAACUUGGAAACUACUAAGAUUAUUGCCAAAUAUAAACUAUGUUUCCACCUGCCAAAGCAAGGAAAUCACUGUCUGUGGAGACUUACAUGGCCAUCUGGAGGACCUGCUGCUCAUUUUUUAUAAGAAUGGCCUCCCAUCGCUGGAGAAGCUCUAUGUCUUUAAUGGUGACUUUGUGGACCGUGGCAAGCACUCAAUUGAGGUUCUUCUUAUCAUUUUUGCAUUCAUGCUGGUGUAUCCAAAUAAUGUGCAUCUCAACAGAGGAAAUCAUGAGGACCACAUUGUGAAUUUGAGGUAUGGCUUCACCAAGGAAGUGUUGGGAAAAUAUAUGCUCCAUGGCAAGAAGAUACUGAAACUGCUUCAGAAAAUCUUCAGCUGGUUACCGCUAGCAACUGUGGUUGAUCAGAAAGUCUUGAUCGUGCAUGGAGGUAUCUCUGAUACCACGGACCUCAGUCUCAUUGCCAAACUGGACCGACAGAAAUAUGUUUCAAUGUUCAGACCUCCUGAGAAGAAUGCGGCCUCUAGUGGAAACCAGUUUUUGGACAUCAAGCCCAACACCAGGAUGGGCACCAGCUUGAAGAGUCACUGCACCCUGACCUGCAGUGCUGCAGUCAGCUCCCAUCAGAACCUCCAGUGCAGCUCUCCACUGGAUCCCUCCAGUGAAGUAAAUCAUUUAGUGGAGGAUGGGCUGAAGACUGGACUAAACGUGUCCUGCAAGGACAUCCAGAACACACUCUCUUCUGACUCCAAGACUUCGGGGACAGAUCAUGACAAUGACAAUGAAUGGAAACAGAUUGAUGACGUGCUGUGGAGUGAUCCGAUGUCUCAAACUGGCUGCAUUCCGAACAAGAUUCGAGGAGGUGGAUGUUACUGGGGUCCAGAUGUAACAGAGAAGGUCUUGAACAGACAUAAUUUGCAGCUUCUUAUCCGGUCCCAUGAGUGCAAGCAGGAGGGUUAUGCAUUUUGUCACAAUCGCAAGGUCCUGACCAUUUUUUCCGCAUCAAACUACUAUGAAGUGGGCAGUAACAGAGGUGCCUACCUCAGACUAGGUCCGGAUUUGGUACCGCAUUUCAAUCAGUACCAGGCUAACUGUGGAACCCGAGAGCUAACCCUCAGACAAAGUGUGAGCCACAUGGAAUGCUCAGCACUCAGGGCCCUGAGGGAGCUGCUCUUUGCUCACAAGUCGGACCUCAUUAGAGCCCUCCAGGAAUAUGACAGUGGUAACACAGGACAGAUCUCCCUCAAUCACUGGUCUGCUGCAGUAGAGGCUGUGCUUCAGCUGGGCCUGCCCUGGCGGGUGCUGCGCCCCCAACUGGUGACCAGUGCGCAUGACGGCUUGCUGGACUAUCAGGCGUGGUUUCGUGAGCUUGCCAUCACCGAGCCGAGGACUGAGCCUUUCCACCGGAAUCUUCUUGAGACUAUGUACAAGCAUCAUUCCAACCUUGAGACCAUCUUUAGAAUCAUUGACACUGAUCACUCAGGGUUCAUCUCCUUCGAAGAGUUUCAUCAAACAUGGAAGCUGUUCAGCUCCCAUUUAAACGUGGGCAUAAGUGAGGAGGCGAUCUCAGACAUGGCAGUCAGCAUUGACUUCAACAAAGACGGGAAAAUUGACAUCAACGAGUUCAUGGAGGCCUUCCGCCUAGCGCACAGGACUAUGAAGCACCCGACCGAACGUGAAGAUUCAAGUGCAAGCCUUUAGCAGUGUACAUUUCAAUAAAUGUGCACUUAUUGAAACACAUAGCGAUUUAUAAGGUUAUAAGCUAAAGGCCCAGCACAAGUUUGCUGAAAUGCUUUCUUAAAAUGAAGUGAACCCGAUAUAUCAUUUUCACAGAAUACUGAAAUACACAGACACAUUUUUCCCCAUUUCUACCUCUGCUACUCCAGACUUACCAAUAACAAAUAGAUGCCACUGUACACCCCCUGCUUUUUCAAUACUGGGCAGAUUUCUACAAUAUACUUGCCUCAAUUUCUAGUUGGAAUUGUGUGCUGGCAGAUGUAUGAAAUAAUCCUCAAUGAUUUGGAAACCGGUUUACUUGAGCAUUGUCAUAUUCAGCUAAUCUGAAUGUAAGAUUUAAACAAUAAGUCAUUUGGCUAACUUCUGGAUUAGAAUUAAUUUGGGUUCUGGUUUUUAUGCAAAAAGGUUGAAUAUUUGAUGUCAAAAAAAGGCCAAAGAUUAUUCUGUUUUGGUUGUUAUGAUGUGAUAAUUGCAUGCGUAUGAUUCCAAAUAGGCAAAGAGACUCAAGAGGCAAACUUUAUUG